GACAGACUACGUACACCGGCUUUGUGCAUGUGUGUAUUUUGUGAUGUAAUGCGGAUAUUUUAUUCGCGAACUUUCGAUAGUUCCUAAAAAACAUCUUUUACUGUCGCUGAAUGUGCAGAUGAUUCGCAGUUUAUGUGGGCAACUGAACCGAAUGUCAUCCAUAAUGUCAGCCUUACCUUAUUUAACACAGGGUAAAGUUGUGAAAGGAUUCGGCCGAGGGAGUAAAGAAUUGGGUAUUCCAACAGCCAACUACCCGGAUGAAGUCGUGGAGCAUCUACCCCCCGAACUAAGCACUGGGGUGUACUGUGGCUGGGCGUCAGUAGACCAUGGCGACGUCCAUAAGAUGGUGCUAAGUCUGGGAUGGAACCCAUAUUACAAAAACACCAAAAAAUCAAUGGAAACGCAUGUAAUGCAUGUAUUCAAGGACGAUUUCUACGGCUGUAAUCUCAGCAUCGUCAUAUUAGCAUUUAUACGACCAGAGAAAAGCUUCAAUUCCCUAGAUGAAUUAAUCAGCGCCAUCAAGGCCGACAUAGCAGAGGCAGACAGGGUCCUGGAACUGCCCGAGAACAAAGUGUUCCAGCAAGAUAACUUCUUCAAUGGGGAAUCCAGGUUAUGAUGAAGUAGAUCGUUUUAUAGGUUAAAUCAUUUUAUGUUUUUUUAUAUACAUGUAAAAAUAUUUGUAGGUAUUCUGUGAUAAAUACCGGUCGAGAAUUGUGACUCUACAUCUCUGGGUAUCACAUCAGGGAUGUUGUCGAGUGCAUCACAAGUCCAGUCACAAGCACAGUGAAAUCU